AUUAUUCACUAUUUGAAGUACAUACUGAAUGUGCUAACGUUCUCAAAUACACGAAUAACACUCUAUAGAUAUGUCUUCUUUUACACUAGUUGUGUUAAUAUUCAUAGCAGGGUAUGGAUUUUGUAAUGGAUUUAAUUUGGGAAUCCUAAUGGACAGGUUAGAUAACGUGGAGAGUAGAAUUGAAAACAACAACAAGAUUCGUCGUAAGGAAAUUGCGGCCGUUUAUGAAAAAUUGUCAGUGAUAGAUUCGUUGAAAGCAAAGGUAAACAUACUCAUGGAUAUUGUUGUUGGAACUGAGCCAAAGCCCAAUAACAUAUUUAAAAAAUCGGAAGAUGUUAAAGAAGCAAGCUACAAAAAUUCAGAAAACAGAGAUUUGAGAAAUGUGCUUUUUGAAGCCUUCCGUAAGGUGAAGAUGAGGAAUGAAAAGUUACAUAAAGAUUAUAAAAAGUUAAAGGUCGAAGUUAUGACGACACUGGCCAACCAAUUUUUGAAUCAAUCAAACACAAUUGAUAGCAUGAUAGAAGAUGUAAAAGUUGACAUGAAGCGCAUAAAUCUAACUGUAACUGAUGUAAAAUCUAUAACGGAAAAUGUUGAAAAUCAAGUCAAUAUAAACACUGAGCUUGGACAAGAACUUGUAACCAGAAUGUUAAAUGUUGAAGAAAAUAUCACAUUGCUCCAAAAGGACUUUGCCGCGGUCAGUCAGUUACAAAAUAAAGUUGACACCGUAUCUGAGACGACGCAGGAUCUACGGCGGAACUUGGAUUUUAAACCUGAAUCGUGUGCAGAUCGGCAGAAAUUAGAUAAUACUAGUGGAGUGUAUGAUCUCUGGUCCUCUAGUCUCCAAUCAAAGUCCCGCGUUUACUGUGAUCAAGAAACGGACGGCGGUGGAUGGAUUGUUUUCCAAAGGCGGGAGGACGGUUCGGUCGAUUUCGACAGAAACUGGAAUGACUACAAGCUAGGCUUUGGAGACCUAAAUGGAGAGUUCUGGCUAGGGAAUGAACAUGUCAGUCGUCUGACUUCAAAUGGAACUCACGAACUUCGGAUAGACAUGGAGGACUUUGAUGGAAAUAUAGCUUAUGCUAAAUAUAGUGAUUUUAAAAUUCUUCCAGGAAGUGAAAAAUAUCGCCUGCAGGUCAGUGGUUACAGUGGAAAUGCUGGCGAUUCCCUUGCAUAUCACAACGAUAAACCUUUUUCGGCACAAGACAACUGGAAUUUGGAAACUGAAUACUGCAAAAAGUAUAAAGCUGGCUGGUGGUUUCACAAUUGCAUGCAUUCGAAUUUAAAUGGGGAAUAUUAUCAAAGAAAUCCACCUUCGACAUAUCUUGGAGUUGUUUGGCGUCACUGGCUUGGUUGGGAUGAAACAAUUAAAUCCACUGAGAUGAAGUUUCGCAGCAUAAUGUAUUCUUUUUCACUGAAAGUAAUAGUCUUCCUGACAGUGAACGGAUUUUGUCACGGAUUAGAGUCGAAGAUUCUAAAGGAUAGAUUAGAUAACAUGGAGAAAAGAAUUGAAACUCACAAUAAGAUUCGUCGUCAAGAAAUGACGGCCGUUUUUGAGAAGUUGUCUGUAAUAGAUUCGUUGGAAGCCAAAGUAAAAAUUAUUAUGGAUAUUGUUGUUGGAACACAGACGUAUCCUGGUGCAGAAAAUCAAGAAAAGGAAAAGAUUCAUGAUACGAGGGACCCAAAUGAAGACAUCAGAUAUUUUAGAAAUGUAAUAUUUGACGCCUUUCGUAGAGAAAAGACGCGGAACAGGAUGUUUCAGAAAGAUUAUAAAAAGUUUAAGAUCGAAUUAAUGACAACGUUGAACAAUCAUACACUGAAUCACUCAAACACACUUAAUAACAUGAUAGACAAAGUUAACAGUGACAUUAACAAUAUGAAUUUUACUGCAAUUGAUAUAGCAUCUAAAAUGGCAAAUCGUGAAAUUCAAGGCAAUGAAAGCACUGAUUGUGAACAGGAGCUUGUAUCAAGAAUAGUGCAUGUUGAAGAAAAUAUUACAUCACUACAUGAUGAUGUUAAUGCGAAGGUGAAACAGCUACAAUAUAAGGUUGAUGCUGUAUCUGAAAAGCAAGAUUUGCAUUGGAACAUUUCAUUUAAACCAGAAUCUUGUGCAAUGCGAAAGCAACUAGGACAUUCUAGCGGAGUGUUCGAUAUAUGGUUCCAAAAUCAUGAAUCAAAGAUAAGUGUUUACUGUGACCAAGAAACAGACGACGGUGGAUGGAUUGUUUUUCAAAGGAGAAAGGACGGUUCGGUCGAUUUCGAUAGAAACUGGAAAGACUACAAGCAAGGUUUUGGAAGUCCGAAUGAAGAAUUCUGGCUAGGAAAUGAAUAUGUGAGUCGUCUAACUUCAGAAGGAACUCACGAGCUUAGGAUCGAUAUGGAAGAUUUUGAUGGGAAUAAAGUUUAUGCUAAAUAUAGCAAUUUUAAAAUUCAUCCAGAAAAGGAUAAAUAUCGUCUAAUGGUUAGUGGGUAUACUGGAGAUGCAGGGGAUGGCUUGAAAUUUCACAACAGGAAAUGGUUUUCAACUAAAGACAUGUGGUAUUUUAAUCAAUUUUGUAAAAGUUAUAAUUCUGGUUGGUGGUUUGGGCUAUGUGCCACUGCCAAUUUAAAUGGCGUGUAUUACUACAGACAUCCACCUAAAAUCUAUUUAGGAGUAUCGUGGCAACCAUGGCUCGGAUACAAUGCGACACUUAAAUUUACAGAAAUGAAGUUUCGAAAGUCUAAUGAAAAAUGACUGCGUGUGUGUAUUAUUUCGAUGCAUGGUUUGACAUUAAAGUAGUUUUUGAAAAAGACAAAGAAGGCCCGUUUGUCAGUGAAUGCAAAGAAACUGAAAUUUGGAGAAAGUUUCAGUACCAUGGAAAGUUAUGCAGAGCAUCCUCAUUUAUUGGAAAACAAAUACAGUGUGACGAGAACACUAAUACAAUAUUAUGGAGACACUUGUUGAAGUCUUCUUUGAAUACCAAAUACAAAUUAAUCUGCAGACACACUGAGAAACCUUUAAAUGUAAUAAGGGACAUUUUCGUUGACGUUUUGCUUUGAAUACAGGAGAGAGUGUGAAACAUUAAGUUGCAGACACUCAUUUUGGAAGAAAGGACUUGGGAUGCUAUGGAGGCCGUCCUCGUUAUGUGACGUAUUACUCUACAGACAAUAACUUUGUCAAAACCUUAGGAAGUAUGAAGGAUAUUUUUGUUGACGCAUUGGUUUGAAUACUAUAUACAGUGUGGCGUAAUAAUCUAUGGACAUUAUGUUUUAAGGAAACCUUCACACGUUACAUCAUAGAAUAGAAUUUUGCUCAGGCGAGUGCUAUGGGGCGUGACGUGUAUUACAAUCUGAUGUUAUCUCACGAAAAGAGUUGAUGAACAGUCUGCUAUAUGUUUUUGAAAUCUAUAUUUCAUUUUUAAAUUGACAUAGAAAGUAAAGGAACUGCCGAUUGAGAAAAUUGUUUCAAAACAUACGGACGUCGCCAUUCUACGUUUUUACUUUGUAAUGCGUACUAUAUGACUCAUCAGGUAGCAGAGCUAAAAUUUCAAAACUUGUUGGAAUUUUCAGUGGCACCGAUCAUAUAUAGGAGUUGAUUUUAUAUUCAAUUAUUAUUUCACCCAUUCAAAGCGCUAAGAGUUGUUCAAAAUUUUACGACUUUUAAAAGAUUCAAAUCAAAUUAAUGCUAAAUUGCAAGAUCGUGGAAGCAGUUAUUUUAGUUAAUAUUACGCCAAUAAUACGUUUGUAAUAUGUCAGUCACAGUUCACCGUAAAGCGUUAAAAAUAUUUCGAAUACAUGUAAUAAUAUAAUAGCAGUUUGUAAACAAUACCUGGAUUCCUUGUCAGAACUAUACACUCUUUCCACGUAUA